UUUCUAUCAAGAUUACUAAGCCAACCAUCUGUUAGUACCAGCUCUAAUGGGAUUCAUCAACUUUCUGCUUGCUGGCGGGUUUGCUUUGGUUAUUAACCCACUGGCAUUGUCGCUGGUAGGGAUGGGAGUUUUGACCUUUUGCUGGGUCAUGUCUGGCUGGUUUCAGCCGCAGCUCUUGAAGACAGAGGUACAAGGUAGACAUGUCCUAGUUACUGGUGCUUCCAAGGGACUGGGAAAGGCUUUGGCUGUAGAGCUGGCCUUGGCUGGCGCUAGAGUUACUCUGGUCGCAAGAGGCACUGAUGUUGAAGAUUCUAUUACUGGACGAUCUGCCUUGCAGGUCACUACCGAUGAGAUUAUCACUAUCGCCAAAAACGAUGGCCAUAUCCGCUGUUAUCCAGUGGAUUUGACCGACUAUAAAAAAACACUGGCAUUCAUGCAUGUUUUAGAGAAGGAUGUUGGACUGCCAGACUGGAUUAUUGCUAAUGCCGGUGGUUCUGUUCCUGGCUUUAUCGCCAAUCAACUGCCCAGUGUCAUCGAAUCUGUACCAACUAUUACUGGAGCUGUUCAUGAAGGCAUGAUUAACAUGAAUUACUUUACUGCUCUCAAUAUCAUUCGUGCUGCUAUUCAAGUGGCAAAAGACAUGGGUACUACUGGCACUGAUUACUGCUCAGAGUUGGUAGCAGGACUUGAUACGUCUCAUCAGACUCAUCUUCCUCGGCGCAUUGUUCUUGUAGGAAGCAUUCUGUCCACCAUGUCCUUUACAGGCUAUUCCGCUUAUUCCGCAAGUAAGUAUGCAAUUCGUGGAUUUGCCGAUGCUCUCAGAUCCGAGUUCCUUCCAUUAGGCAUCAAGGUUCAUGCCUUUUUCCCAGGUAAUAUGGACACCUCUGGCUUCUUCGAGGAGAACAAAGCUAAACCUGCCAUUACUGCCGAGAUCGAAGGUGCAUCUACUGCAGCGACUCCCGAAUCUGCUGCCCAGUUUAUGCUUGCAAGCGUCCUCAAUAACAGGUUUUGUAUCUCCAACAACUAUCUUGGUGAGCUGAUUCGAAUUGCCUCUAAUGGUGCUGCGCCUAGACCCAAUAUAUUUGCCGAGUUGAUUGCUCUUCCUUUGAUUGGACUGAUUUUUGCUGGAUGGAUAGCUUUCACUGAUUUUUCUGUCAAAAAGUAUGUUGCUAGUAAGAGUCUCAAGAACUGA